AUGACUGUUCUCUGGCUUCUGAUUGCGACUUAUCUCUCCGCGCUGAUUUUACUGUGUUUCCUGGCUACCAUGAGUGUUGCAUGGGCUGACUCUCUCGAUAGUCAUGCCAUGGUUGCGAUGACGGCUUCAUUGUGCAGUAGAACAAGUCUUCUGAGUGACCAUGAGCCUGACGAGAAGGAUCUGCUUGAUGCUCUUCCAGGAUACGUGGGCGAUGCAACACCGGAUUCACCAGUUGGAACACUGGGGAUUGGGGCCAACUCGCCAUUGAAAUGGAAUCGACGAUACUGGAAGAACAAAGACUUAGCACUGUGA